GCCGGGCGGCGCCGGGGGAGUGGCUGCAGCCGCCCCUGCCCCUCCUGGCCCGGGCCAGCUGCUGGGACCCGCCACCCGGCGCAGCGCAGCCGCGGCGGAGCAGAGGAGCGCACGCACAGCCGGCCAUGGGCAAGUCAGCUUCCAAACAGUUUAAUAACGAGGUCCUGAAGGCCCACAACGAGUACCGGGCUCAGCACGGUGUCCCUCCACUGAAGCUUUGCAAGAAGCUCAACCAGGAAGCUCAGCAGUAUUCAGAGGCCCUGGCCAGCACAAGAAUCCUCAAGCACAGCCCAGAGUCCAGUCGUGGCCAGUGUGGAGAGAACCUUGCGUGGGCAUCCUACGACCAGACAGGAAAGGAAGUGGCUGAUCGGUGGUACAGUGAAAUCAAGAACUACAACUUCCAGCAGCCUGGCUUCACCUCGGGGACCGGACACUUCACAGCCAUGGUAUGGAAGAAUACAAAGAAGAUAGGCGUGGGGAAAGCUUCUGCAAGUGAUGGGUCCUCCUUUGUGGUGGCCAGGUACUUCCCAGCAGGGAAUGUCGUCAACCAGGGCUUCUUCGAAGAAAACGUCCCACCUCCAAAGAAGUAACUCUCCAAAUGUAACGAGAAGGCGGAGACACACAUACGAAGUGCCUAUAGAACAACAAAGAACCAGCCGAGUGUCUGUCCCUGUGGGCGUGUGUACUCUUGAGCAUCUCUUGUGCACACACUAGUCAGCUGCGCAUGAGCUCAUUUCCGGUUAAAGGAUGGGAAUCUGAAGCAAAUAUCCAGAGGGUUACCUAGACCACAGUUACUUAGAUUUGAGUAUGAUCGAUUAUGACAUCUUUUGGCUGUUAUUUUUUAAGCAGACUUCUUUUGUAUCUUUCUUACUUCUAAUAUCCAUCCUCGGACUUUGUGUAUUCUGAAUAUGUGCCAUGCUGAGCAGUGAGCUCAUGUUACACGAUCAUCCUGCACUGUAAUCUCCUUUUGGUGGAUAUUGAAGAGUAUUAAACCUUCCUUUAAAUGUGACAUAGA